AUGAUUCUCUGGAAUCUCGUCACUCUUUUCUCUCUGGCGGCCGAUGCGUCGCCGGUUGCACUCGUUCAGCCCAGCGGGGAAGAGUCGCAGGCGUUGGCGCUUCGCCAAGUCACCGUCGACAAAUGUUCUCCCUCCUCGCCAGAUGGAAUCCAGCCGGAAUGCUGGCAGGUCUUGGAAGUGAACAACCACCUGAACGACUGGUGGUCCAAGAACUCUGAAAGGUGCAAAAAGGCAAACAAAGGGUUUUCCCAAUGCUACUUGGACACGGCGGGGCUGAUCACAUGGAGUUGCGACUUCAUUUCCCUCAACGGGUGCACUCCGCCACCCAGCGGGCAAGACGACGAGUACGCGUCUUAUCAGGAAUUCUAUUCAGCUUGUACCGAAACGUCCUCUUCUCUGAGAACACAAACGCUGACGACUGUUCCUAUCCUAGCGAUCAAUCUCUUCUGGACCAACUAUCACCAGGCGCUUAUGCAAGGCCAGGCAACUGCCAUCGGUGCGGUGGCCGAGAUUGUCAAAGUCGUUGCCCCUCCCAAGACCAAGAAUGCCAAGACGCCGCUCUUUGCUCCCAUCUGGGCCAUCACAACUGGCCAGCUAGCUAUGCUAUUCCCUCCCCUCGGUGCUUACGUGUAUACGAGCAUGGCCCUCGCUUCUGUCCUGGGUGUUCUCGGCGGUGGUGCUGGUUUGGUCAACCUUUUGUUCCCCCCAAAGCAGGUCAACCCAGUUCCGUGGGAAGGGCUUUCGGCCGCCUUGUCCGAGCACGUGAACGAAUACCAAAAAAACGUCGGGGUGGCUUUGACUGCGAUCCAAACCGACUUCGAUAAGUUCUACGCCAUGACUUCGAAUGGCGGCUUCAGUCAAAAAUUCAGGACCAAUCUCCCGGAAAACACCGACUUCAUGUAUCACAACCUUCUCAAGUGGACUCUCAACGAGGCGCUUGAGGGGAUGGAGUACUUCGUCGUGAAGAAUCCCGGCGUUGAUCCGCGCAAGAUCCCGAUCGAUCCUUACGACUGUACUAACCUGGACCAAUUCAAUACUUGUGGCCCGAUUUGGUACGAUGGUAGAGAUUCCUACGGGCUUGCCAGAGCCAAUGACAUCGGCAUGGACCGCAUGAAGGAAAUCUUGGACGUCGCCUUCGCGAAGAACUGGACGACGCCGCAGGAGCUGUACAUUGACUCGCAGUCAUGCCGCGGGAGGAACGGCUCCGAGGCGUUUGAUGUCAAGGACCUGACGCUGAGCUGCGUGUCCAACCUCCCUGUGUGCGAGUUCAACUUCGAUUUCAAUCCGUUUGAGGUAAUGGACACCCGUUACAACCCACCGCAGUUCACGAAUUGCCCGAACAUGAGGGGGUACGGUACUCCUGGUCUUUGGAGCAACGAAGCUGGGGUUCCACUCACGUACCUGGGUCCCUUUUUGAUGGUCGACGUGAUUUACAACGAGAAGCAGGGCUGA